AUCUUCAGUAGAUGCCUAGAGACAAAAAGAGGGGAAGCCUGGUGAUUCUCCAUCAGGAGGACAUUCCACGGUGCCACCACUGAAAAGGCCCAGCGUCUUGCAGCUGUCCAUGACAUCUCACAUAGCAAUGGGACAGAAGUGACCCAGCUACCAAUGGCUGCCAAGCUUUAUGUUCUCAUCAGCUGGCCGGACGGAAGCCGUGUUAUCAACAUUGAAAACAUCAAGGAACCACGGAAACCUUUCCACCUCUAUGAGGCUGGGGAGCAAGUUUUGGCCCGAUGCCCAGGCUUCAGUGGUCUGUAUUGGGGAAUCGUGGAAGGAAUAAGCGAGCAUAAAUAUAUCCUGGAGAAAAAGCUACAAGAGGAUAAAGAACUGCUGGAGAUGUUGGAUGAUCAGUCAGCAGUGCAGAAUCUGGGGCCACCACAACCAAAGAGGUCCAGAAAGUCCUUUCCCAAGUGGAACCCAGGGAACGGUUUGAAGAAAUGCCCCCGUGAUAAAGAUGUCGAGACCACUGUGGAAGAUGAAGAGGCUGAUCUCCAGCAAGAUCCUGCAACCUCUUCUGGCCUUAGAGAGGUGCGCACCCUUGGUGUCAUGAUGAGGUCCCAUUCCUCUGAGCCAACCACUCCUCACUCUUCUACUCCCUUUCAUGUAUCGCCUCCUUUCCUAACAAUAUCUUCUGCUGGGGCAUUCCCAAGAGGGGCAACGAGGCCAAGCCCAAGAACCAGAGAUUACACUAACAUAGCAACUAGGAGGCGGUCUGAUGAUUCUCUGGCCCAAUGUCAGAAACAUAUCUUCAUAAACAGCUGUGACAAGUCAAAGGACACCAAUUCUCUGGAAAUGGAUGGCUUUGAGGUGGCUCAGAAAGUCUUCAGUGCUUGUGAAAUGGAAAGGGAAGAAAAGAUCGAGCAACUUGAACAAAUGGUCCUCAGCCUCCAGAGAGAAGUCCUCUCCUUGAAGCGGAAAGUGCAGUACCUGGAAGCCUCCUCCUUUAAGGAGCAAGAGCCCACACGCCAUCCCUGCGAGGCGUCCGAAAUCUUCAAUGGGUACACCAGGGGGCAACUCAAAGAGGCCAUCCGGUUUGACCAGAAGAUCAGCACCGCUUGCAAAACACUCCUCUACAAGCUCUUUAGUUCUGACUAUAUACAGAGCCAUUCCAUCACAGGGAGGCGGGGAAACACCUUCCGGGAGGCUAAGCCCAUGAUGGACGAGAGGUGCAUCAAAAUCAUCAGGGUUUUGCUGAAGCAGAAGUUUGGGGACCAUCUGAGUGACACGGUGAUCACAGAGAAGAUCCAGAAUGUGCAGAAAGCUCUGAGGCAGAAAUUCAAGACGGAAUGUCUCUGAAAUGCAACAUCCCGUCUGCAGAUGAGAUGGGGGUUCCCUGCUACGUUAUCAUCAGCGUUGAUCGGGGCCUUGGAGAUGAAAGACGCCUACUGUUGACACCCCAGAUCUUUGCUGUCUGAUCUUGAAAGCCUUUCUGAAGCUGAAGCUGCUACCAACCUGUCAUUGGGAAUACGGAUCUAUUGCUUACCCUACGCAGAAGUGGAGCUAAGAGCUGUGAAGCAGGCAGUUUGCCAUACGCACCAGCUCAUAAACUGAUUUCCAUAUGCUAGGAGACAGAUGAGAUGUUAGGAAGCAGGACACCACGUGAAGCUCAGCUGGUCAUAAAGUGAGAUCCACAUGCUGGGAGCCAGAUGAGACUGGAACCUCUUAUAGAACAGCAAUACAGUCCCAAACAAUCUUUUCUAGGAAUAGGGUCCAUUGAACUCAGUAGGUCUUCUGAGUGGAUAGGCAUAGGAUUAUGCUUUCAUUGAUUUUGGAUUGUAUUCAUUGUUUGUGUUUGCACUACCAAAUUAGCAUUCUGCCCUUCUCACUUUGUAUGUCUUUUGCUCUCCCUCUCUCGCCUUCUCCAUAUUAAAUGGCUCAUAAAUUUUC